UCUCCUUAUGUAAACGCGUACGCAGACACGUGCGAACAUUCUCAUGUUUACCUAUACGUGUUGGGGUAGGAAGAAAAAAACAAGAACCAAUACACAUCAGGAAGGUUGAAUAAAUAACCUCUACUACUAAUCUAACACAUUUUCGUCGAGAGCGAGAGAGAGAGAGAUGAAUCUUGAUGAGAGAGGCUUAGGUUUUGAGUCCUCAAGCUUCCUUGCAUGGCUUAGAGCAUCUUCAAAUUCUUCUUCUCCUUCUGGAUUAUUCCGUAUGAAGACACAAGAUGUUGUAUCAAGAUCAUAUCACCAAAGUCAGAUGAAGUUGGAACGAUCUCUAUUCUUAUACCAACCACAAGCGCCACUCAGCACAAGCACUAUUCAAUGCUUGCCUCUUCUGAACAAGCUCAUGGAAGAUGAAAGUCAAGCAUCUGAUGAUAUCAAAGAAGAGAUGGAUGAUGAUGUAGUUACCCUCCGAAUAGGAUUGCCUACCUACCACCGUGGUAGCUCGGAGGAGGAUGACUCUGAUACAACUUCUGAUCAUCAUCAGGAAAAAUCCAUCAAGAGAGAGAUGAUAGAAGAUGGCGGGGUGAUGAUGAAGAAAAUGAGAACGAUGAAGUUUCAACAGGAGAUGAUUGAUUCUGAUAUGGGAGUCUGUGGGAAGAGGUUUUGGAUACCAAGUCCGGCUCAGAUUCAUGUCGGUCCAAUGCAAUUUGCUUGCUCUAUUUGCAGCAAAACCUUCACUAGGUACAAUAACAUGCAGAUGCAUAUGUGGGGACAUGGAUCAGAGUUCAGAAAAGGAGCUGACUCUUUGAAGGGUACAACUCAACCUGCGGCUAUCCUGAGGCUGCCAUGUUAUUGCUGCGCGGAAGGAUGCAAGAACAACAUCAACCAUCCUCGUGCCAAGCCCUUGAAGGACUUCCGUACACUUCAGACACAUUACAAACGUAAGCAUGGCUCCAAGCCUUUCUCUUGUGGUAAAUGUGGCAAAGCAUUGGCCGUUAAAGGCGAUUGGAGGACUCAUGAAAAGAACUGUGGAAAGCUUUGGUAUUGUACAUGUGGAUCAGAUUUUAAGCACAAGAGGUCUCUUAAGGACCACAUCAAGUCAUUUGGACAUGGACAUUCUCCUCACCCGUCUCUUUCUUUUGAUGGGUUUGAAGAGGAUGUGGAAUGUGUCACUACAGAGUGAUAGCCAUGUUAGAUACACACACACCGGGGGACUGUGGGAAUCAUCGAUCUAUCGGUAAGAUCUGAAUUUUCUAAUGUUGCUUCAAAACUAUGCACCACAAAACAUCUCAAGUCUACCAAAGAAUUUCUAUCUUGAAAAGGGAGAAAUUCUUUGUUAGACUUGGCCUCGAUAUUUAAAAAUGUAGCAAUUUACCAAAGAAAAUGAAGCAACAUUUUAAAAUUUAGAUAUUUUUCUUGGGAUAUAUUUACGAUGAGUCUUACAUAGAACCCGUUGUCUAUCUAAUACUUGAAAAUUUGAGAUAUUGGUUUUAUGUAUUUGGUGUGUUUAAGUAGGACAAUGCAUGUUAUAUCAUAUUUAUUAGUUAACAAGGGUGUGAUUAUCUCUUGGAAUUUUGUGAAGCACGAGAAUUUUCUGUUUCUCUCACUGUAUUUGUCUGUAUUAGAAGAGAAAAUUGGUGUGCUUCACUUCAUUAUUGUACGAUAUUCCUCAAUAGAGACUCUUCCUAUA